GUCCUGCCAUAGUCUGGCUUGCCAUUAGGAGCAAACUAAGCUAGUGGUAGGAAGCACUGGCUGAAACUCACAGAGGUGUAAUAAGAAGUGGGUGACACUCUCAUACAAGUGGAGGGUGGACAGAAGACAGUGAGAGGUGGUGCUUACAAAGAGAUGGGCUAUCUGAUGAGUGAGCACAGGUCUACUUUGGACAAAGGGUCUGUCAGAAUAUGAAGGCGGCCAAGCAGAAAGAGGGAAGGAAGUCUGCUCAGGUUUCUCCCAGUCUGCAGUGAGGUGGAUGGAUGGAUGGCAUCCAAUGAUCCCAACUUUUGAAGUACACGUAUUUGACAGCUUUGGCAUUUUCUAUACUCAUCUUGUACAUGGACUUCAGCUCCAUUUGUCAGCAGGAACUGACAUUCUGCAGCUCUGACCUAUGAAGAGGAGUGUCUCAGGUGAUAGGACUCACCUCCUUUUGCCACCAUGUGGAGAUGCCUCAGAGAUCAGUCAUUGCCUAAUGCCUCCUGCCCUUGGCCACCUGCCCUGGAGAUCACCUCUAAAGUUUAUAUGUUUUUCUUCAUCCCUUUAAGCUUGACUUUUAAUAUCUUAGUGUUUGGGGUUAAUCUUUUCCCAGAGGUCUUCAAUAAGAAUGACAGAUAUCUACUUUACUAACAUCGCCCUGGCAGGAAUGACACUGAAUUUGGUGGCCAGUGGCCGUCUACUAGGUGCUGAAUGGAUGCUGGGCUCUGCACCUUGCUUAGCUCUCUUUGCCUUGUUCAAUGUGUCAUCAUUGGCCUUUAUCUACUCAGCCACCCUCCUGGGCCUUGACUAUUUCAUUGAGCUGACGCUGCCGCACACUUACCUGUUUGGACAAUACAGAACUCAUCAUGUCUGUGAGUUCAUCUGGGGAGGUGCCACACUGUCUAGUUUGUCUUCCCUCCUGUCAUACGCCUGUUCCAUGAUGGCUGAGGACAUCCAGGAAUGUGGUCGGCUGCACACUCAAGAAGUAGGAGUGGCCAUUCUUCUCUUUGUGGGCUUUCUUGUUCCUGCUGUCACCAUCCUCUACUCAGUGGGGUUGGUUUACCGUGUAGGUAAAGAGGCAGAUUUACUCUCAACACCCCAGCCCUCUCUGCGACCCCUGCUUCUGGUUGCCGCCCCUCUCACUUUCUGCCUAUGGCUUCCUUAUCAUGGCUCUCUCCUUUUGGACUUGCUGAACUCAACCGGAUUUCUAAAGCUGGCUGCCAAAACGUGUCUGCUGCUGCAAAUCAAGAGAGGCUCUGAACUCCUGGCCUACAGCAGCGGCUGGGCCAUCACCCUUCUCUACCUCACCCUCCGACGAGAGUUCUGGAAGCGCUUCAGGGACGUUGUGGCAGGCAGCAGAUGUCAUUUGUGCUCCUCUCAGACGACAGCGGAGGUGGACAUUUAGAUUUGCCAGUGCUGGCAGUGAACAGUGGAUUGGGCAGCAACCCCCUUAGACAGGUCGCCCCACCUAAAACUCAGCAUUCUGGUUCAUUGUGUCCUAAUUAACUGUGACUGUCCCUCAUUUUGUAAAGAAGAGAAUUUGUAAUGUGGACAAGUGACAAGGACAAUCAGCAAACCAGGAACCUGAAAUAGGACAGCUGAUCAAAACAAAAUAGCUUGACGUCAUUUGAAAGCCACGUUCAUUUAAUCCUUCUUGUCAUCUCUUUUAUCUUUUACUGUAAUUUUUCCACAAUUUAUUGAUGUAUAAGA